AAUAAAUCGUAUUUUAAGGGUAUAAACAUGUAUGUCGAUAUUAUAAUGAUUAAUGUAUUGUGAUUAAUUUUUUAUUACGAUUAUAUUCAUUAUUGGGCUUUAUAAAUGUGCUGCUGUUAUGUUAAAGAGUUGAUUAUUAAAGCUGUAUGUGUUGAUGCAAUGUCACCUCCUACUGGCUGUAAACAUCACAAACGUCAACAUUUCUGUGUUUUAUAUUUAAAGCUCUGAAAGUAAUAAUCUCUCGGCUUCGCCCAGAAAUGCCUCAUAUUAAAAAACUGUCUUUACAUGACGAUAUAUAUGACUGAUUGUGAACAAUAAUAUUGAUAAAUAGUUGGACAAUACUUACUGGGAAAUGUUACACGCACAAAUCAAAAUACAUAUAAGUAAAGCCUUAAUUUUGUGCAUUUCAUAAUGAUUUAGUUUUUUAUACUUAUAAGCCCUUAAAAUUGUGCAAAACUAAAAUGGCAUUAAAUAUUUCUCCAUUAUAAAAAUCAAAAGCCCUAGCACUCGAAAUGUGUUUUUUCAUACUUUUAUAUCAGAUUUAUUCUGCUUUGCUUGAUGUAUAACCCUGUUCCUUAAUGUAAAUGUGUUUAAUUAUAUAUUUAUAUUUUGGUGCCAUGUUGUUUGUACAUGAUGGCAGGCCGUUUCUCAAACGGAAGUCCGCAUCCUCGAAGGACACAGCCUGCAUACGUCAUCAAGCCUGAUUUAUUUUAGUUAUCUGAGCAUUUCAUUCGCAGUUUCGCACGUCAAAAGCAUAUUACAACAAUUUACGAAACUUAGUGUAAUAGUAAAACUUUAUAAUUAUUAAUAUUCUGAAAUAAGACCGUCUUUAUGACGUAUGCAGCCUGGAAAUGCGACCUACGAACGAUGCAGCCUUCGGCUUGAGAAACAGCCGAUAAGUGUUGAAUAGAGACGUUCAGUGUGGAUGCGGAAUUUAAGAAUAUGGACCAAUCAGGUAGCAGCCACUCCAGCGAAUCAACCAAUCAGGAGCAAGAUUUUGAUUUUUUUUUAAUGGCUCUAGGUUUGGUUUAAACAAUUGAGCAUAGAAACUUAUAAUGUACAACGCCUUUAGGAAGAUAAUUUAGAACAUUGAGGGAAGUAUAGAGUAAUUAUAACAUUUAUUAAAGAAAUACGACUAUACGCGAUAAUUUUGUUUCUUGCAUAUCUGUGCUCGUCACUUCAGUUCAGUAGGUGGCGGUAGUGCACCGGAAGUUGGUUUGCCAGCCGUCAUUAAACAAAAGAAGAAGUUGUUUUGAUUAGGGAGCGUUUAUGUUAUUCUGCAGUCUUUUGAUGUUGUUAAUGUUUAUCUGCGAUUUGUUUGAUUUAUAAAUGUACUAAACUGAAAAUGAAACUUUGAACGAUAUUGAUGUGAAGCUUAUAAAUGACGUCUAAAUCUUUUUCUGAGGAGGAUUUUUCUUGUCCUGUGUGCUGUGAAAUUUUUACAAAUCCUGUUCUGCUGUCUUGUAGUCACAGUAUCUGUAAAGACUGUAUUCAGAGAUUCUGGGAAAGUAAAGGAUUUCAAGAAUGUCCAGUUUGCAGAAAACGAUCUUUAAGGGAUGAACCUCCAAUAAAUUUAGCUUUGAAGAAUUUGUGUGAGACUUUCUUACAGGAGAGAAGUCAGAGAUCUUCAUCAGUUUGUCAUCUUCACAAUUGCUGUUCUGUCAAUGAAGCUGUUAUUAAUAAAAAGGAGAAACUCAAAGUUGAAUUAAAACCCUUACAGGAGGAACUGAGAAUAUUUGAGAAGAAUAAACAGAAUUUGCAUGAAACUGCAGAACAUAUGAAGAUUCAGGCUGAACGCACAGAGAAGCAGAUUCAUGAAGAGUUUGAGAAACUUCACCAACUUCUACAUGAUGAAGAAUCAGUCAGAAUAACAGCACUGAGAGAGGAAGAGGAGCAGAAGAGUCAGAUGAUGAAGGAGAAGAUUGAGAAGAUGAGCAGUGAGAUUUCAUCUCUUUCACACACAAUCAGAGUCAUAGAGAAGCAGAUGACAGCUGAAGAUGUUUCAUUCCUACAGGACUUUAAGAGCACAAUGGAGAGAGUUCAGUGUAGAACGUCAGAUCCAGAGGACAUCUCAGGAAUGAUGAUCAAUGUAGCAAAACAUCUCCGCAACCUGAAGUUUACUGUCAUACACAAGAUGAAGGAGAAAGUUGAAUACAUUCCAGUGACUUUGGACCCAAACACUGCUCACUGUAAACUCUUUCUGUCUGAUGAUCUGACCAGUGUGAGACGCAAUAAAGAUGCAGCGCUGCUUCCUGAUUAUCCAGAGAGAUUUGAUUCGUCUGUAUGUGUUUUGGGUUCAGAGAGCUUUAAUUCAGGGAUUCACUGCUGGGAUGUUCAGGUUGGAGACAACCCAAGCUGGCGUCUGGGUGUGAUGACAGAUUCUGCAGAGAAGAAGAAGAGCAUAUCAACCAGCAGUGGAGUCUGGUAUGUGAGUUAUUACUCAGGUAAAUACUCUGCAGUCAUUACACCAGAAUUAGGUCGUCAUCUAUCAGUGAAAGUGAAACUGGAGAGAAUCAGAGUUGAGUUGGAUUAUGAGAGAGGAAAACUGUCAUUCUCUGAUCCUCUCACUAACACACACAUACACACUUUCACACACACAUUUACUGAAAGAGUUUAUCCAUGGUUCUGGGUUGGCUGUUAUAUUUCUCCUCUGGUGAUCUUACCGGUAAAAUCCUCUUAAAAACUCUGAAUCAGGGAUUUAAUUUGAGAUUUUGUUUAUAAAACAGUUUGAGGUUGUUUGGUGAUAAAGUUCAUUAAGUUGUUGUUUUUGUUGACUGUAUUGAUUGUGUUAUAAUUGAUAUCGUUAAUUGACGCUGCUGAUAUUGAAUGCAGUCGUGUUUAAAGAAACACAUGGAGUUACACAGACUGAUAUAAAAACACUGUAUUAUCAUUAUACAAAUAAACAUGAUGUGAGAUAUCUCAA